AGUAUUAGGCACGUCGAGCGGAACGCAGCCUCGUCAAGUCUAUUGGUUUCUUCGCAUCUAUUUGGAAUACAUUUAUUGUGGUUUUUAACUAAUCGAGGGAUAGCGCUGUCAACUGAAGGACGCAAGCAGACAGCUGAGGAGCUUGACCCACACCGAGAGAAGGAGCGAAACCUCCCCCCACCCCCUCACCACCACCUCCUCCUCCUCCUCUUUGCACACGAGACGGAGAAGAGGACAGUUAGCCAUCAUGGAUGGCUUCUACGACCAGCAGGUCCCUCUGAUGACCUCACAGAACAACUCUCAAGUGCAGAACUCUGACAUCCGUCCGCGUGGCGACCGGAAAAGGAAGUUUGCGGACUCUGAGCUUGACCAGGACACUGAAGAUCUGUUUCAGGACCUGAGUCAGCUUCAAGAGAUCUGGAUUGCAGAAGCUCAAGUUCCAGAUGACGAACAGUUUGUCCCAGAUUUCCAGUCGGACAACUUGAUCUUCCACGGGGUUCCCCAGACCAAGGUAAAGAGAGAGCAGAGUCCCUCCAGAGAGCUGUCCCCCUGCAGCCAAACCCGCAGGCUCUCCCCCUAUGGAGAGAAGUGCCUUUACAACUACAGUGCCUACGGCAGGAAGCCCAACACCUUCAACAAGCCUUUGACUCCUCCCUCAACUCCAGUCUCACCAUGCGGCUCCUCCCACACACCAGUGCCACACCCACUCCAGAAACAAAGCCAGCCUUCACAUCACAUGCCCCACCCACUCCAGAAACAAGCCCCGCCCUCGUCUCACGUGCAGCCCCACAGACCUCUGAUGGCACUCCAGGGACAUGUCCAGCAGCAGCAGCACAGGACACACCCACUUCAGCAGAGGACACACCCACUCCAUGGCCAAAGCCCACCCUUUGCUGUGCCCCACCCACCCAUGAAUCACCAUGACGUUUCAUACAGCGCAGAACACAGGUUCCAGAGGCAACUCUCAGAGCCGUGUCGGCCGUUGCCCCCCCAGGACCCCUUCCCGGCGCACUCUGUUGGGGCUGUCCCGUGCGACCCCCACGCGCGGCCACCCUACCAGCGUCAGAUGUCGGAGCCGGUGGACCCCGCCGCCCCGCAGUCCUUCAAGCAGGAGCUGGUGGACCCGCGCUAUGGCGAGCAGGGAGUGGCCCCUCCUGCCCACGGAACAGCCCACAUGCGCCCGCCGCUGUUCCGCCAGGUGUCCAUUAAGCAGGAGCCGCGCGACUUUGGCUUUGACACAGAGGUGCCAAACUGCCAGUCAUCAUUUGUCAAGUCAGCAAACCUAUACAGGAGCAACAGUGAAGGUUUUGUGUUCGAUGGAGACUCUCACCUGUACUAUGACGAUACCUGUGUGGUCCCAGACAGAAUCGAUGGUAAGAUCAAGCAGGAAGGCGGUGUGUUCCGGGACGGCCCGCCCUACCAGCGUCGCGGUUCCCUCCAGCUUUGGCAGUUCCUGGUCACGCUGCUGGAUGACCCCGCCAACGGCCACUUCAUCAUGUGGACCGGACGGGGCCUGGAGUUCAAGCUCAUUGAGCCCGAGGAGGUGGCUCGUCGGUGGGGUAUCCAGAAGAAUCGUCCCGCCAUGAACUACGACAAGCUCUCACGCUCCCUGCGCUACUACUAUGAGAAGGGCAUCAUGCAGAAGGUAAAGGUGGCCGGCGAGCGGUACGUCUAUAAGUUUGUGUGCGACCCCGAGGCACUCUUCUCCAUGGCCUUCCCCGACAACCAGCGUCCGAGCCUGAAGGCCGACGCCGAGAGCCUGCCUGUGCCCGAGGACGACACCGUGCCCCUGUCCCACUACGAGGAGCCUGGCAGCGGACACUAUGGCAACGUGCCCGACACCAGGGACCAGUGCCUGCCCACCAGCCUGUCCUUCCCCGACGGCUAUGCCUUCUAGAGAGGGGGGAGGGGAGAGGGAGACAAGCAAUGAAUGGACGACUGAAUGAACACUCAAACUCAAAACAAAAUGAUGUUUAUCGCUCAAAACCUCCCAAAUUACCAACAUGUGCAACACACACACACACACAUUGCCAACGCUGCUGAGCGGUGUAGAGAUCACUCCUAUAUAUACACAUGCGCGCACACAUACACACACACACAGAGGCAUCGCGAGACUGUAACCCUCAGACAAAGGCAGCUCGGAAGCGGCCCGAUGAAAUCAGGCCGACGUUCCCGCCCUGGACCAACGUUCCGUCUCUGUUUUGAUUCCGAUGUGUCCGAGUUCCAGCUCAAUGGCCUGCCCAUCCUUGGCACUCGCACACCACAGACCUAUCUUAUUCGUUUCCACUUUAUUUUUCUAACGGUUUUAAGCUAAAGGGACCCCUCAUAGUAUUUUCCAGAGAGUUAAAACAAGAAAGUGUUUUGAUUUUAUAUAGGUAUAUAUAAAUGUAAUAUUUUCAGCAAUGCAGAUGGUUAUUUUGUGGACUGUUUCUUCUCUUUGUGUUUGAUUCUGGCUGUUGGCGUGAACCACAGCUGGUCUCUAUGACGACAAAAGUGUUUAUGCUAAAACACGACGACAAACCGCCGCUUUCGACCAGUGACCACACAGCUGUUUAUUCUCGCUGUAACGUUUCUCUGCUUCGUUUUUCUACAUAGACUUGCAGUCAUUUUUAAUUUGGGGGAAGGGGACAGUUUGCUUGAGACAGAGGGUUUAAAAGACUUUUAAAAAUCUAUAAAUAUAUAUGAAUAUAUUUUUGCAAAGUCUUCAUUUUUGUCUGUAAUUGUAUACGCUGUUAAACAGAUGCAUAUUCUGAAGUCUGUGUUCAUGUGUAGCAGAGGCCAAGCUUUUUCCAAGUGAGGAGGGGCAGUAGUGGGUGGAGCUACACACCAGAGGGGUGUGGCUUUCACACAGGUUGAUUCUCAUUGGCUCAAUGGCACUUAAGUGACACCAGUGACGAAAGGGCAGUGUGUGGUGGCAGAUCCGCUCCAUCUCGUCAAACCUGUUGACCUGGGGGCAGGGGUCAGUGUGGACUGUAGUCAUGGGAACAGACAGGGUCCUGUCGUAGUUAUGGUAACAGAUUGGGCCCUGACUUCAGUCCAGUGGCCACAGAGAUCUCCAUCUACCCCACUUCUCAAGGCCUCUGCUGUUUUCUGAAUCUGUACUGAGUACAAUAAACUCCCUCUACACUU